CCCUUCAACGUGACGUCACGUCCAGUCAACGCGAUGCGCAUUGUAUUUCAGCGGAGAGUCGCUCAUUGCGGUAAAAACAGUAAUAAACACUGAAGACAGACGGCGUUUCUCUCCGAGCAGCCAUAACAUCUACUCUACGCACACCGGGAUACUAUUAACUCAAAGCGAUCCUCCAACCCAAAGAUGAAUUUUGAGCAGCCACCUCCAUACCCAGGCAAUGGCCCAACUGCUCCAGGCUACCCAGGCCAAGGCCCACCUCCACAAGGCUACCCAGCCCAGGGCUACCCUCCACAGGGUUACCCUGUGAACAUGGAGCAGCCAAAUCCAGCAUACCCUAACUAUCCCGCUGGGCAAAUGGGUCCUGGAGGUCCCUAUCCCGGCCCAGGUCAGCCUCCUUACCAGGGGUACCCUGGACAACAACAGUUUGGCUGGCAAGGAGGACCCCCUCCUGGGCCUAUGUACGGGGAGGCUCCCAAAAACACAGUGUAUGUGGUGGAAGACAGGAGAAGGGACGACACAGGAGACACGUGCCUGACAGCCUGCUGGACAGCUCUGUGUUGCUGCUGUCUCUGGGACAUGCUGACAUAACGCUGUUCCCCCAACAGCCCCCCUCCCACCCCCACCCUCACUCCCCCCUCCCCCCCAUCGCCCUCCUGCCCUCAUUUCUGUGCCUCGAACCCCAUCACCCUUUCCCUCAUCUGCCUUAAACCUCGCUCGGCCUCCUUUUCCUCUACAAGUAAUUGCACACGUCCAUUAAUAAAAGCCUUCAUCCUACGUGGAAGCCUCUCUCCCUCAGAGCUACUCCAGCUUGAUGUGAAGCCCUCAGCACUGACUGACUGAUCUGUCCAGGGGUUAUAUUGUAGCAGCUUGUAACUGAGCUUCUAAACAUAACCUGACUCUCAGGCUCUUUCCUGAAAUCGUGCACCAACACACAGCAGGCACAAACACGCACACAGCAAGGUACAUACACAGCACACACACACACACAUUCAGAUCUCAGGCUCAUCUAGUGUGAUGCUCUUUGGCAGUUUACGAUGAUUACCUCUGUGAGAUACUACUCCUGCCUGUCUGUUCAACCACCUACAGCCCUCCCCAACUCCCUCUCAGCUAUGCUCUCGACCAUGAACGAGGACUGUCCCUUAUUGUGGAAUCAUCACCCAAAGGCCACCAGGUCCCUGGCUGCUAAUGAGCCAGGGGGCGCUCUUAAGAAGCUGACGCUUGAAAUGUAAACCUUUCAUUUGCACACAAGUGUUUUUGCAGAUGUAUGUCUUACAGUCGAGUCACAUGACAGAAAUACAUUUUUAAAGAUGGCAGUGAUUUAUGUUUGAUUACUGUGCACCUUCAGUAGCCGUGUUGUUUUAUUUUUUUUUCUUCCCUUGCUCAUCUUGUUAUGAUACAGAUUCCACAAAUAUUAUUUUUACUACGUACAUUGGGAAUAAAACUGAAAAUAUGAAUAAAUGUUGUGAUUGCUUAACAGAAACCAAAUUACCAGUUCAAUGAAUUUUUUGCUUUUGAGUCAUUAAAAUAAUUUAUUGCCAUAAAGAAA